GAUAAGAUGUUCAUCUGUAAUUGUAUAACCCUUAUAGUAUAUUUUGUACCUAAUAGCUUUGGUAUGCUUCAUGGUCAUGGUAAUAAAGCAUUAUUGAAUUGAACUGCACUGAAAGAGGAACUGUGUGAGAGGAUCAAAUAGAGGGAGAGAGAGAGAAGGUGAGAGUAGUUUCAUCGUGACACUCGGGGAGAAAGGUUCUCUGUUGCAGGUGACAGGGACAAGCUGCUGAGUCAGAGAAAGAGAGAAAGUGGGAGAAAGUAGACAGGUGGAGGAGAAAGAGGGGGGGGUAGGAGACACAGGCAGACAGCUGUCCCUCAUGUGAGAUGAUGAAGACUGCAGAUUGGGAGUUGAGGACCAUAAAGGAGUGUGGGAGCCUGCCUCCCCCACUGCCUGCCAAGCUGCGGAGGCAGCGCUACUCUGCUGGCACCAUGAGCAGCUCCAGCACCGGCUCCAGCUUUGGACCAGACCCAGAGCCCAGAAGCCCUGGCCUGGUUUCCCCCCAGACUGGACCGACCAGCGCCACCAGCAUCCCAGCCUCGCUGCCGGAGGAAACAGAGUCCACAGAUCUCCUGGCCUCUGCCAGGAUCACAUACACAAACAUUGGUCAGCCCUGCUCCAGCCAUCUUCCACACAAGCCCUGGAUGAAGGAGCGUGGUCUGUCGACAGACAGAGUCCCGGAGCGGCGAAACCAGCCACCUCCCCUGCCCAAAAAACUCAUCCGAACCCAUUCCCUCCCGCUGAUGUUCAUGCUCCCCUCUCACUGCACCAAACCCCCCUCCUCCACUGGGCUCUCCCUCAACAACCCCCUGUACCACCUGGUGGAACCCCCGCAGAGGAGCGAGGGGUUCUUCACACAUGGCUGUUUCAGCUCCCCCUGCAGCCCCCUGCACUCCAGCGCUCUCCGGGACCCCCCUCAGGUCCUCGACGACCCCCCCGCAGCCCCCCUGGUUGGGCUGAGUUUCCACACCCCGGAUGGGGAGCUCAGGAGCUUCUUCAGAGAUCUGCACAACCUGGAGCAGGUGACCAGGGGGCUGCAGGAGCGCAUCCUGCUGUGUCUGCGCGGGAUAGCGGAGAGGCUGGGGGAGGCGGGGCUGCAGGGGGCCUCACAGGAUUACCAGCUCUGUGGAGACGGGCCUCGCUGCCAGGCUGGGGACGCUCUGUACUACACUGUCCGCUCCUCGGCGUACCCCGGCAAGCUGUUUGCUGCCAAGGUGUAUAAAGUGGGCAGAGAGAGUGGAUUGGCUAUACAGAGGGACUUGCCCCCCCACGCCAACAUCCAACGUGUCUGUGAGCACUUCCCACAAGGCCUUGCUGUAGUGGAAGGAGAAGAAAUGGCCAUGUUAUCUCUGGAGCCAAAGACAGGGGGCAGCAACGCACCAGGAGCGAGGGCGCAGUGCCUGCAACCCACACCAGGGGUCAGCAGCAAUGAUAAUCCACCCCCCAUGGCUGCAAUGACACUGAAUUCACCAGCAGAGGGCUCUGGUGAGCUGCCAGAGAUGGACACUACCAACAGACACUCCCGGGGCUGUGAGGUCACAAUAGUAGGGGAGGUUCCUGAUGAGACACUGGCUGAUUAUGUGCAAGCCUGUGCCGAGUUGCACACUUCCCAGCCCCAUCGUUACGAGCAAGUGGUGUGUCUGCUGCUCCUGCAGCUCUGUGAGGGCCUGCAGCACCUCAAGAGCAACAAAACCACACACUGCGCCCUCCGGCUGGAGAACCUCCUGCUGGUCUGGGAAGAAAAGGGGGACCCCGGCACGGAGCUCCCCAAGAGAGGCCGCCCGGGGACCCCCAGACUGCUGAUCAGUAACUUUAGCCACGCCAAGCAGAGAACUCCCAGCCCUGCCCAGGACUCAGACCAGGGCAGGCUGGCUCCAGAGAUGAGCAGCAGCUCCCAGUUCAAGAAGGCAGACGAAUUCCAGCUGGGGAUUUUGAUCUACGAGUGCCUGCAUCUCCCCAACCCGCUCCUGAGUGCCCCGGAGCUGAGAGGGAGGGAGUACAGACCCGAACGCAACCUGCCCCCCAUCCCCCACCUGUCCCCUUACUCCCCGGGCCUCUCCAAGCUUGCCCAGCUCCUGCUGGAGCCCGAACCCAGAGCCAGAGUCUCUGUCGAGGAGGCCCGGAACGUCCUGCAGGCCCUGCUCUGGGGCCCCCGUGCAGAGCUCUUCCAGGACAACCAGCUCACCCCCUUCCUGACCCUCAACUGGCUGGAGCUGAAACGCUGUCUGCUGCUGCUCAAGCUGGCGGAGGCAGCGGUCGAGCACGAACCCGGAGUCAGAGCGGCCCCGGGGCUGGAGGAGAGGCUGUGCCUGCAGUACUUUUCCUUCGCCACGCCCCAGAGCGUCUUCCAGGCAGCCAGGCUGCUGCAGCUCUUCUGUCCUCCCUUCUAGCAGGGCUUGGGUUCCUGUUUAAGCCUUUCAUGCAUGAAAUAUUUAUAUAGAAACAAAAAAAAAAAAAACACAUCAGAAAUAUAUUUUUUCAAUUUUACAAAUUUUGUUCAGUGCUGUGUAUGGGGGUGAAAAUGGUAUCCUCGUAGGAGGCUACCCUGCAUUUGUGUCUUCCAUGUGUCCCUAUAUAAAGGCUAGAAGAGUUGUUUUUUUAAUCCAACCCCCUAUGAGGUCCCUAUGCUUGAAAGGGUUAACCUCCAAAGUUUACCUGUUUAAGCUUCAAGAUAUUGGAUAUGUCUGUCACCAAGCAAAGGGAAAACUCAAAGUUUUUUUGCUGCCUUAUCUUAUCUUAUGUCUUUGAUGCUUCCUGACAAGAUCCACUGUGGUAAUCCGCAAGGUAGAGGUUGCUGAGCUGCAAAAUGUAUGCCUGAUAGUAAAUGGAUGAUGGCUUGGUUUAAAGAUUACAUUGUUUUCAUUUUUUUUUUCAAUGAUAUCGCUUUUGUAUGUAUUGUUGUUUAAAUAAAGUAAAUGUGUAUUAAAGCUAUUAUUAUUGAGUAUUGCACCGCUGCACGAAGUUCCAGUUUGUCUUUCCUGGUAUACACACUCUGUCCACAAGAGGGCAAUAAAGACAGCAGUAUCAGAAUACUGGCCUGAGAAAUAAAAUCAAUUUGAGUAACCAUUUCAAAACUGAAAAACCCGACUCCAGAUGCAAUUUUCGCUCCUAAAAUGUACACACUUAAAAGUGUCUCUGAUCAAACUGCACAUUGCUGACAGAUGCACUGCAACAACAGCAAAAGAAAAAGUGAA